AACAACCUUCAGAAGCAUUUGAGAACUUUUGGUAUUUCUGGAUAGUUUAUGCAAUAAAAGGAGAACAGUUUAAUAGAAUAACUGUUAGAGCUUUUGAAAAGGCACUCACAUUAGAAGAAAAUUCAGAAGCAUUAGAAAAGUGCUUUGAAUUAAUUAUACAAUCGAUUAGAUACCAACCACUUGAUCAGGAACCUUUAGAAUCAUUACUUACAGAUUUAAAAAGUGCUUGGAAUAGUUACUUAGAAUUUGAUUGUUGGGAAUUUGAGACGUCAGUAAAAUCGGGAACUAAUUCUAAGAAUAACUCAAAAGGAACUUCCAGAAGAACAUCUCGAAAAUCUUCUAACGCAUCAAAAAUGGACGGAGAUACAUUCAAUGUAGGUACCUCAACAUCUAAUAGAAGGAUAUCUGAAAAUCAAGUUGACCCAUAUAGAGAAUGGGCAGCAAUCCUUAAUAAUAUUCUUUCUGACCAGCUAUUUAAGCAAAAAUAUGAGGAAAUAACCCCAGAAGGAGACAAACGAAGUGCAUGGGAUACAAUAAAAAAGGAUCCAAAAUAUUUGUCUGAAAAACAUGUUCCUAGUGAUCUUGAGAAACCACACAUUAGAUAUUAUCGUAUGAUGAAUAAAAAGGAGAAAAACAAUCCAUUAAGAGAUUCAAAUCCAUGGACUAAUCCAGAUGACAGAGACUUAACAAUUACAGAAUAUGACAACAUAUAUCAAAAUGAUCAGGAUGAAGAGGGUCUUGAUACAACAUGGAAUAUUGAAGAUACAACUUUCAGUCCAAUUCGAAAUCUUCAAGAGAGAAGAAAUAUCUAUCAAGACACAACUGACAACAGAAGAGAGGAUACUGAUAAUAGAGAGGAACAAAGAGGACCAGAAGGAGGGAAUGACAUGAUUACACAAUUCUUGCAAGGAUUUGGAGACUUAUUGAAAGCACAUACAGUAGCUCCACAUUCA